AUGGAGGGGCUGUUCGUGCUGGAGCUGCUGGUGGAGGUGGUGCGGGUGGCGGAGCCGGGAGCCGCGGAGCACCCGGCAGCCGCGGAGCACCCGGCAGCCGCGGAGCACCCGGCAGCCGCGGAGCACCCGGCCGUGGCGCUGCGUUUCUUGGAAUUCCCCACCCUCGUGCUGCGCCCCGCCGCCGACGCGCCGCCCCUGCGGCCGGGGCUGCCCUUCCCCUUCGGCCGCGGCAAGCGCUGCGUGUUCCGCUGGUGCUCGGACUCGCUUUGCGCCGCGCUCCGCCGCCGCCCGCUCCGCGCCCUGCUGCUGGCGAUGCCCGCCGGGCUCGCCCCGGGAUCCCCCCGCCUCCUCGGCAGCUGUGCCGUGUCCCUGAGGCCCGCUGCCACCGAGCUGCUGCAGCGGCCCGGGGCGCCCUCCUCCUACGGCCACCGCGGCCGCUUCGUGCUGCGGGACGCCACGGGCCGCCCUGYCGGGGAGCUGGUCCUGGGCUACCGCCUCAUCAGCCUGGAGGCCGGAGAGGCGAGUACCGCCAUCCCCCGCGCUGCCACGCCGCCUGCCACCACCCCUGAACCUCGAGGCGAGGAGGAAGAGGAGAAGGAGGAAGAGGAGAAGGAGGAAGGGAAGGAAAAGAAAGAAAAGAAAGAAGAAGAGAAGGAGGAGGAAGAGGAAGAGGAGCUGGAAGGCAACGUGUUUUGCCCUCCGCUGCUCUAUUACAGCCGUGAGCCAGCUGGGCCUCAGCGGCCGGCAGCAGCAAUGGAACAGUGGGAGCUUGUGGAGCCCCAGAGACYGCAGAAGGACAAGGGCCAGAGCUCACCACGUCCCAGUGCUGGGCCCUCGCUGCUGCAUCCCGCCAGCCCUGGACAGCCCCACAACACCCUGGUGCAGCUGCCGCUACUCAGUGCCUUGCUGGCGGAGCUGUCGGUGCUCACCCGCAGCGCUGUGCCUACUGCUGCUGUCCACCCUCAUCUUGCCUGGCUCUACCAGGCCCCAGGGAGUGGAGACAUGGCCUCAAUGCCCCCCAGUCACUCCACUGCCUUCAAGCCUCCAGAGGCACCUGUGGGGCCUGGCAGGAGCAGUGGAACCAYGAGCCCUCAAUUCAAACAAGGCUGUCAAAGGGCCACUUCAGUAAAGUCUUCUGGAGCUGGGAGAAGACCCAAGAAAGCUGUGCCCCAGGAGCAGUCAGCCUCUGAAAGCAGCUGCAAAGCUAAGGAGAACAGACCUCCCAGAAAGAAACUGUUGUAUGGGCUGACAAAUACACUGAGGCUACGGCUGCAGCAGACCAAUCCUGAUAAGCUGGUAAUUCAUGAAAGGAGGGAGCAGUACAGAAAAAAGCAAAUGGAGAUGGUGAAGGAGAAAAGCUCCUUACCCAAGAGAAAGCUGCUCAAAAAUGCUAGAGAACARCAUGUGGUUUCUUGCAGGCAUUGUAGCACGGGAGGCAGCUCAAAGCAGAAUAAUCAGUUGGAUACUACUGUUCCGAGUUUAUUAGAAAACAGUGCUCUCUUAGAGUCCGUUUCAGUGACAGGAGGUGUGUCGCCUGGCCUGCAGAAACAGGCUCUUGCAAGUCCCUCCAGGAAUUAUGCAAUUGCAAGCAAGGAAGUCCCAUACAAAGUAACUACAGCCCCCUUACUGGAGGAAACUGUGUUAAAAUSUGCUCCUGACGAAAAGUAUGCAAAAGCUCAGCUCCCCGCAGUGUUCCCAUCAGAUGCUAAUGCAAAAGGAAGUAAUGACAAUGAAAUACACAUAGUCCAUCAUAAAACCAUGGAGCAUGAUGUAUCUGUUGUAAGUGGUCAUAACCUAAGCCCUAGCAGAAGUGUUGAAAACAACUCUGAAUUCAUAUACUCUGAUGACUUCGUUGCUAGUCCAGAGAACACAGUUUAUUCAGAAGAUUUCACGAGUGCUGAGUGUACAGGCAGGGACUCAAAAGUUCUUGACAGCAGCCCUGAACCUCUGUGGCUUGAAAGCCCAAAGCGAGAUAGGUCAGAUACAGAGCCAGAAUCCAGCAGGUCCAGAAUUUCAAAGACUAAUCAAAGAGCUCCAAGUACUUCAGAUCUUGUGCCAGUUCCUUCAGCUUCAUCUCCAGUCCAGUCUUUGAGGCGAAACUGUGACUUUAAAACCAGCAAGAGAACUAGUGCUGAAUCUGCUGACUCAUUUAAUCUUGCUGAAAUGGAGGCAUCAUUAUUAGAUGAAGAGCAGAAAGCCCAACAGAUGAGUAAGGAAGGGAACAGGAGUGAUGAACAUAUUAAAGAAGUAUCUACACUGAGAAGCAAACAAGUUAAAUCUGCUGAUCUGAGUAUAGGAGAGGGGCAGACCUCUGCAGGAAAAAAGCAGUCAGUGACUGAAGUUAGCUCUUACUUGCCAUCUAACAUGUCUGAUCUUGAACUUAGUGUCCURGAAAACAGUUUGUCAGACAAAGAAGAUGACUUGCUGGAAGAACUACAUGGUCCCAAUCAGUACAAAGACAUCAGUGAACUUGUAAUAAACAAGCUCCCAGGAUACACUAUGUAAUUACAAGUUUUCACUGUCUGGAUUAAGAUACAAUAUUUAGACUUUGUAAGUCUUGUUACAUUUAGCUGCACUACUAGCUAACUAUGAAAGUUAAUUUAAGAUUUUAUCAUGCACAUUUAUUACAUCAGUAAAUUUAGUUAUGAGGUUUCUAAAAUAAACUACUAUUUGAAUCUCUAAUGAAUGGUAUCUACAGCAUGACUUCAGUGGCAGUGUCUYAACACCGAAGUAAUCCAAACAGCACAUGAGACAUAACUUACUGACAAUGCAGACAUGAAGACAGAAGCAGCAAGAGCAGUCAGUACCCACAAAACUUGUCCAGGGUAGUAGUAAUAAUAUGCUACCAAAACAGCCAAGUACAGAAUACAUUCCUAACCGAACAUAAGGUUUUAUUUCUCCUGAAAAUGUUUCCAUGCUUCCUUUUCAUUACAAA